CGGCAGUCUCCAGUGAUGUUGGGCGCGGUUGGUUCAUGCUGAGCAGCCGGCGGAGACACUGAGAGCAAACCGUGUGCAUCUUCUAUUCUUCUUCAGAUCCGGAUCGCCGCAAACCAGCUUGCAAUUCACAGAGAACCAACCCGAUCACACACCAGGGGUCGACAUGUUAGACACAACCAGCAGCCAGUUUGACUCCUUCCUGUUUUGGAGGCAGCCCAUCCCAUCGCUGGACCUGUCGGAGCUGGAAGACCUUGGUAUCUCUAUACCCAAGUCCAAGGAAGCGAAGUCGACCAAGAGCUCCCAAAAACUCCUGGGACAGGAGGAUGAGGAGGAUUCAGAGCUGAUGAAGUACUCCACCUUCAACUACUGGAAAGAGCCCAUCGCUAGUAUCGAUACCUUAGAUUUCAGCCUGCUGUUAUAAGACACUGCAAUGCAACUCUCAGUUCCUGCCCGAAUCUGUGUUUAAUGCCACCGUGGUUGCACCGAUUGUCUACUCCGAUCUGAUAUCGACGAACACGAGAGUCUCGUAUCAUGCCUUUCUCGUUAAACCAUGUCAGUAAACUGUGAUAACUGGCUUCUUGUUUGAUUUUAAACUAGUAGGGCAUUACUGAAUACGGAUGUAUUAGUUACACACUUUAAUAUCUCACUGCCUGUAGAUUGUGACCGAUAAUUUGGCCAUGGAAUAAAUUUAAUACAUCUAGAUCGUAAUCUGUCGAAUUCACUUCAAGGCAAGGAGAUUUCGAAAGACAUCUAAAAAUGUACGAUAUUUUUGUCUGCCGAGCGAUUUGUAAUAUUAAUGCAUUAUACAGUAAUUUAUUAGUUAGAACUGGAAUCUCAUUUAAAAGGGUUUUUUUUGUAUUGAAUAGAUGUCCGUGUUAAAAUGCACAACUAAUGCUUUUCACUGUUGUUUUUUUUUUUUUCCCUCCAUUAUGUUUGAUGACAAAUGUCAGAUGCCAAUUAAAGUGAGCUUGCUGCUAAAUGAAUAAAAAUGCA